CUCAGUUUGAUCAGUUGGCCCGACGCCGUUGAACAUAGCGGAGUCUUGUGACGGGUUUAGCAUUUGUUUUAGCUAUUCAAUACCGUACGGCCCUCUCGCGUAAUACUAGACAUUUCGAUCCUCGGAAUUCUCGAAUGAAAAAUCAACAUGACCUUUUAUAAAUUACGAGAGAUAACGUUGCUGUUGAUGGUUACAUUUGUAACAGCAGCAAGCGCUGGCAGAUCGUGGGAUUUGGCGGUGGCGAUCGGUCAUGAAAUCGACUUUUUUGCACACAAUGGCUCACGCACUGGACAUGCCGAAAUUGCCGAUGCCAGAAGUCUAACUGCUCUAGCGUAUGACAAUGCCACCCGAACAAUGUUUCUCAGCGACACAAGAAACAAAAACGUAUCGAUAUACAGUAACGAUCUGACGGUGAAGAAUUUCAAACCGAAGUCGCUAUUGAAAACAGACAACAUAACUUACAUCGUAGGAAUGGUUUUUGAUCCGAUAUCGCGUACUUUAUUUUGGACAGACGCUAAAGUACAAACAAUAAUGAAAAUGCAUAUACCAUUGAAUGGCGAUCUUGGAGAACCAGAAAAACUUCACGACCUAAAAUACAGUAUACCAGGCGGCAUAGCUUUGGACAUUUGCAACAGGUUCUUGUAUUGGACAAACAGCAAUCGCACUAAUCCUACUAUUGAACGAUCGCUGGUCGACGGUAGCAACAGAACCGUGGUGAUAAGUCGCAAUUUAUACGAACCAAUGGACAUAGCAGUCGAUCACGAAACCGGCAAAUUGUACUGGGCCGAUGACGUAGAAGGAAUUUCCUUUCAUAUUGAGCGGAGCAACAGUGAUGGAACUGAACGCGAAUUGCUGGUUAACAAUAGGCACCAGCGGCCAACAUAUCUUACCGUCGAUCAUGAUCGAAUUUACUGGUCGGAUACCGUAUCCAGGACGAUAUGGAUGAUUAAAAAGGACAAAAAAUCUGUCGAGACAUUCGAAAAGUUCAAAUCAUACGAGUCACGCGUAGACGCGGACCCUGCUGGUAUAAUAACGCGCGAUAAUAUUGAUCAAAUUAAUUGCCAGGCGAUAAGUGCAUUGCAGAAAAACACAGCAAGAAAAAUUACACAGGAAACUGUAGCGAGAUCUUACAACAACCUUACUACCAGUACCGAAGAGAUGGAUUCGACAACUGAGAGGUCUGAAGGAUCAUGCCUCAACAAUUCCACCUACAAUCCACUUAGCAGAAGUUGCAUUUGCAAAUCAGGAUUUAAUGGUUCUCUUUGCGAAACAUCUGUAUGCUACAACUACUGCCUGCAUGGGACACUAUGUACCAUAAACAAGUUGGGUGUAGCUCAGUGUGAAUGCGGAAGUUCUUAUAGUGGGAGUAGAUGUGAAAAGGAUCUUUGUGAUGGUUAUUGCCUGAACGACGGUGUCUGUACCAUAGAAAAUGGUGCACCAUCUUGCAAGUGUAAAAACACAAGAGGGCCACGCUGUGAAAACACCAAUGACUUUUACGAAAUAUGUACUUUGUUUUGCAAGAGUAAUCCACCUGCUUUGAAGAACUACGAUACUAGUCUUUGCAAUUGUACCCGAAGUAACCAGACUGAUACUAUUAUAUCUCAGGAAUAUAAAAUGGAGCGCAACUUAUUACUACCGAUUCUCGGUACUCUUAUCGGUGUACUUAUUAUUCUUGUAAUUACUCUAAGUAUCUACGUGAACAAACUCCGUCGACGUCCACGCAUCAAGAAGCGUUUCGUCGUUAGCAAGACCGGUGUGACACCACUUACUUCGCGACCGCAAAUGGCCAGUGACCAGUGCGAGAUCACUAUUGAAAACUGCUGCAAUAUGAACAUCUGCGAAACACCAUGUUUUGAACCAAAAUUACGAAGCGCGCCGACCAAGAGUGUCAAUACCAAAAAGGAAGAGAAGAACUCUUUGCUGGAUAGCAUGGAAGGUGAUUCGUGCUAGCACGAGCUAUUGUCAUACUACAAUCGUAUGAUAAUAAACUGUGCAAAGAAUGCACGGACUCCGUUUCGGGCCUUUAAGGAGACUGUGUUCUUGAAACUCAAUACACAUACUUACAUGUUGAGAGAGACAUUAGUAUUGUUGUUAAGUUUGUAAUGUUGGCGUCUCCAGGAGACGCACAAGAGCCAAAAGUUUUUAACUCCGUCAUUUUUAGUUAAUGCAUAGAAUGAGAAACAAGGCGGCCACCACACCGAAGCCUUAAUUCUUAUAUUUUAUGCUCGUAGGGCUGUGCUUAUAGUAUACAUGUAUCGUACAGCUGUUGAUGAUAAACAGCUUUUAUUACGGUAUAAUUUUUUACAGAGUUAUCUCAGGGUUGUCUCUUGCAACUGUUUCUUUUUUAUUUUGGAGUGCAAGCACUUCAGAAUUUUUUAAAAGCAGAAUACGUUGCUGUUAACAACUCCUCUUAAAUCAAUUUAAUAUCAUGGAAGAUCAACUUUGAUGAAACAAUAGGCAGGCGAAAUCACCAAGAUUUUCAUGCGUUAUUAUUGAAAGUGAUGUGUAAAUGACAGAAACUUUUAUUAAUAUUAUUAUAUAUUAUUUAAUUGAGAGUUCUGUUUAAUUCGUCAAUGAUUUUCUUUUUGGCUAUUCAUAGACUUGCGGAAUUGAUAUUUUAUUUGAAGUUGCUCCAAAAUAUUUUUAAACCGUUCUAUGAUGUUGCGUUUGAAAAAAACGUAACGGAAUUUUGUUGUGGCACUUUAAAAAUCAAGGCUCAUUCUUUUGAAGGAAUGACAUCAAUGACACGCGUGAAUGCUUAAUACUUGUUUGAAUAUCUACUGUUAUUUAAAAAAAUGGUUGUGCCAAACAUCUCAAUUAUGUUUGUGGUUCGAAUGGCUUUCAAAAAACUUUCAAUUCUGUACUGAUAAGAUUAUCGAAUAGUCAACAUUUUUUUUGCUUUUUCUCGCUAUCACUGCUCUGUCUUAAGGGGGUAAAGGACUAAUGAAACUUAAAAAAAUAGACUUUUUCAUCAAGUUCAAUUCCUUAGAAACUAAAUUAUUAUCGAACCGGUACUUUUUACAGUUUAUUGUGCAUGUGUCUUUUGAAAGAAAGAAGUUUUUGAUAUAUUCAAAGUUAUACAAAUUACUAAGUGCUGAAUAUUGCUCUGCGUAGCUCGCAGCCUUCAAUCUAUGGACGUAAUCUCAGGUGAACCAAUUAUCUGAAAGCAAAAUGCUUUGAAACGAGUAAUUUAUAUUCUCAAAACUAGAACAUGGAACUCUUUGGGCGAAUUUCAAAGAUAAUUUUUUAAGUUCCAUACAUAUCUAAUUUUUUUUCAUUUUUACGAAAAAAAUUCUUGUCAAUUAUUUGUAGUUAUUUUUCAACUUAUACAGUGCCCUUGAAGAAGUUUCAUGUUGUAGAGAAAGGUAUUUUGCAAAUUAAAAUUAAAUUUCAAGUGAAAAUAAUUAUUCGUUCAAGAGUUAUGAUGUCCACAUGUUGAAAAGUGUAACUUUGAGAUAAAUGACUUUAAAGUUCCUCACGAAAGACACACAGGCCUGUAAACACCGUAUAUCACUCAAGGAGCCUGUUACUCUAUUCCGCACUCACUUACGAUUAACACUCACUUCCGUAAAUUUUUUAAUUUUUUUCAAUCCGCGAAUUUUUUUGUAAUACUCGUAAGGGACGAGGCUUUCAGAUCCAGUAAUUUAAAAAAAAAAUAUAUUUUUUUAUUUCAAUAGUCCUGUACCCCCUUAAUGUCUUUUAUACAUCAUUGUCAAAUUUUUGUAUGAGCACAUUGAAAAGCGGCACUUUGCGUUAUUUUAAAAAUUUAACAAGAUCCAUCCGAUAGAUUUAUCAGUGUACGCACUAUAUUCACAAUUAAAAAUGGUAUCGCUGUCAGUGAAGUGGAAGUGGUAUCGUAACCAAUUGACAUGGUGUAUCACAAGAAAAUGCGCAGGGAUUGAAUUUUAAAAAUAACUUUGAUUGUCAUUGGUGUCAUGACAUUAUGAUAAAAUACUUAUGUAGAACUGCUUGCAAAAGUGGCACGAUAUACAGUGGACAAUAGCGUCAAUGAUGUGAAGAAUAAUAGCAAACGUUAAAAAAGAAAUUAACGGCACCAACGAUAGUAGCAUUAACACAAAUAAGCUAUCAGAUACGGUGGCUCGUAUUAGAAGCCAGUCCGUUAUAGAACUGGUUUUAAUAACUGCACUCGAAUCACAAAAAUUUAGUUACGCUAUGAUAAAACCAAAAAAAAUAAUUUGCAUACAGUUGUAUCCUAAAACCGGUGCUGACGUUGUAUCUGCUAGUAGAAUCCAAAAAGAAAAGUAUGAAAUGUCAUUUGUAUUUCAAGUAGCACAGUGUAAAUACUUUUUGUUCGUAGUACAAUACUGUCAAAAUAUCCAAUCAUUACGAAACGAAUGUUCACAUGCGGAAUUGUACAAUAUUGUUUCAUUGUUUAGAAGACUUCACAAUUUCUAUAAUCUUUAGUAUCCACUAAAAUAUUUAUUCUAUCUAUUCAUCCAUUAAAAUAUUUAUUCUACUUAGAGGGCUCCGCGAGUGCUGCAAAAUUUAUAGUUUCGAGGCUCACAUUUAAUUUAACCGGUAAUACCUGUGUCAGGUACAAAUUGUACAAUUUUUCUUCAAUUGUACAUCUCGUACGCGGUGGAUCAAGUCGAACAAUAGAACACAUUAGUUUAGCAAUUAAGCAUUAGUUCAUCAUUGGUAAAACAUGGUAAUAUUUCUUAUAUAUUUAUCCACGUGGAUUAAUUUUUAUUUUUAAAAAAUUAUAAAAAUACCUUGUGUCAUUCUUGGCCAUACAAUUUUGAAGAAUGUACAUUGGCUAAAACAUAUAUGUAUGUAACGAAUAUGACACAAAAUUCUCGUUGUUCUGUCAACGAUGAUAGUUAAAAAGAAAUUUAGGCCGAAUCGCUGCCAGGUGAAGUAAAGUGGGACGCGAUAUUUUGGGCGUGUCUUGUAAACGUUUUUUUGGUUUCUUCUACAAGAUCCAUGAAACGCAAGGUAAGCUGCGCGCUUAUAUGAAUGAACAAUCGUGUGCAUGUGUAAAUAUAUUACUGAAGGAAUGCGAAUUGACAGCUUGUAUCAUUAUAUGAUAUCUCUGAUAAUGUUGUUCCUAUUAUUGACAGUGCGGGUGGAAAAAAGGGGAAAGCAGGCGAUAAUGAAAAUAUUAUUUAAGAACGUACGAUUUACACGUACCUACUUUUCUGCGUUUCUUUAUACAUGCAAGCGUCAUCUGUAAUAUUAACAACAAAUUAUUAUAAGCUCUUGAUCGAACAGUUUGCUUUUUUUGACCAAAAACGCAUAGUGGCCAGUUAUGUCUUAUUGCGUUUCAUUGAUCCUUUAUAUAUUCAUCUUUGAUAUAUAUAAGAAUCCAAAUAUCAGAAUUGCAAAGGAUACUGGGAGUUUGUAUAACUCGAAUCAAGCAACAAGAUUGGUUACUUAAGCCACUGCGCAUUGUGAAAAUACUUAAUUUGAAUACUAUAUUUGCGGACUGUGGUAUCUUCCUGAAUGGCGAUCGAUAGAAAAUUUAUAAAUGAGAAAAAUUAUAAGGUUAACGAAGGGCGUACUUAAUCACAAUGUUGUAUGCAAUUUUCUUUUAGUCAGACGUAUUCGAAAAAUUUUUAAUGUGUUUGGUAAUUUAUGGUAAAAGAUAUUUUUUUAUAUUACGCAACAGACAUUCUUUGCUACUAUUUUGUGCAGAUACGAGUAAGUGUUAACUAUGUUUUCCAGCUGCGUACAAGCACAAGAAUCGAAGUUCAAUAUAAUAGUAUGAAGAGCUAAUUUGUAUGCGAAGAGUUGUGCUAUACAGUUACAUAAUAUUAAUUUAGUGUUGUAAGUCACUAAUGGAAAAUAGCCCUCUCCCAGACACUCAUCCCCAGAGAUGGGAUAGUGAAUUUAUGGUGAAAAGGAUAUGGUCCCAAAUAAUUAUUAUAUACUGUACUGAUGCAUUGUAUGAAGCCCAAUUCAUAUCAUGGAAUCGACCUAUCAUCACUAUUACACGCAUCGAAAUAAAUCCUGUUGGAAAUCAUAAAGAACUUCCUCAAGAAAACAGGCAAUGUAAAACAUCGUAUGCUAUUUCAUUUUAUAAAAUUUGUCAGAACUGCCGUGAAGGAAUUUGGUGUAUAUACAAUGCAACAGAUGGUCUAUUUCACGCUAUCGAUUUAUAUUGUAAUGAUUAUCGAGUAAUAAAAGAAUAAAAUGUC